UCUCUCUCUGUCUCUCUAUGUCUCUCUCUCUCUGUCUGUCUCUCUCUCUCUCUGUGGUGUGUGUGUGGAGCGCUAUCUUGGUGCUGUUAGUCAGUGUUAGUGUGUGAGAGGGGCAGCUGGCGGUCGGUGUGCUCUCCUCUCCUCUCCUCUCGACUCUGCUCGGCUUUGCUCGGCUCUCUGCUCGUAAUGGCGCUGCGGGCUGACCAGCUCUUGUCUCCGUGUGUCGUCGCGGUGGUGUCUUUGUUAAUGCUCGCUAGCGGACCACAGUUUGUACUUUGUUGUCCGAGUCGCUGUUUAUGUUUCCGAACCACCGUGAGAUGUAUGCAUCUAAACCUGGAAACCGUACCAGCAGUUUCUCCUCAAACCACCAUUCUAGACCUGAGGUUCAACAAAAUCAAGGAUUUACAACCAGGUUCCUUCAGACGACUAAAGAACCUCAACACACUCCUCCUGAACAACAACCAUAUACGAAGGAUCCCCAGGGGGGCGUUUGAAGACCUGGAAAACCUCAAAUAUCUCUAUUUGUACAAGAAUGAAAUCCAAUCAAUUGACAGACAAGCAUUUAAGGGGCUUGUCUCUCUUGAGCAACUGUACCUGCACUUCAACAACAUUGAGUCUUUGGAACCAGAAUCAUUCACUCACCUACCAAAGCUGGAACGACUGUUUUUGCACAACAACAGAAUCACCCAGCUAGUCCCGGGAACCUUCACUCAUCUUCAGGCCAUGAAGCGACUGCGACUGGAUUCCAACUCAUUAAACUGUGACUGUGAGCUGCUGUGGCUGGCUGACCUGCUGAAGCAGUACGCUGAGUCGGGCAACGCCCAGGCUGCUGCGACCUGCGACUACCCCAGCCGGCUGCAGGGCAGAUCGGUGGCAACACUCACCGCCGAGGAGCUCAACUGUGAGGUACCCAGGAUCACCUCACAGCCCCAGGAUGUCGAUGUGACAUCGGGGAACACUGUCUACUUCACCUGUAGGGCUGAAGGCAACCCCAAACCACAGAUCAUCUGGCUCAGGAACAACAAUGCUCUAAACAUGCGUGAUGACAGUCGUCUGAACCUGCUUGAAGAUGGGACGCUGAUGAUACAGGACACCAGGGAGACGGACCAGGGGGUCUACCAAUGCAUGGCCAAGAACGUGGCCGGGGAGGUCAAGACUUCACAGGUCACGCUGCGAUACUUUGGAGCCCCCUCACGGCCAAGCUUUGUGAUCCAGCCCCAGAACACUGAGGUGCUGGUGGGAGAGAGCGUGACCCUGGAGUGUAGUGCAACAGGUCAACCGCAGCCCCGGGUCUCCUGGACAAAGGGUGAUCGGACACCGCUGCCCAACGACGCCCGCAUCAACAUCACCCCUUCCGGAGGGCUUUACAUCCAGAACGUGGACCAGGCCGACGGGGGACAGUAUACCUGUUUUGCCUCAAAUAAUGUUGAUACCAUACACGCUACAGCGUAUAUCAUCGUACAAGCAAUCCCCCAGUUCACGGUCACGCCACAGGACCAGUCAGUCCUGGAGGGUCACACAGUGGACUUCCCCUGCGAGGCCAGUGGUUACCCCCAGCCGGUGAUUGCCUGGACACGUGGGGGCAGCCCGUUACCCCUAGACCGCCGCCACGUGGUCCUGGCUUCGGGCACUCUCCGCAUCACUCGGGUGGCGGCCCACGACGAGGGCCAGUACGAGUGUCAGGCGGUCAGCCCUGUGGGGACCGUGCGCACCGCCGUGCAGCUCAGCAUCCAGCAAAGAGUAACGCCUGUUUUCACAAAUGCUCCAAGGGACCUGACGGUGGAGUCUGGCCAGGACGUCCAGAUUCCCUGCAGCGCUCAGGGCCAGCCACAACCCGUCCUCACCUGGAACAAGGAUGGUGUACAGGUGACAGAGAGCGGGAAGUUCCACAUCAGCUCUGAGGGUUAUCUAGAGGUGAAGGACGUGGGCACUGCUGAUGCUGGACGCUACGAGUGCAUCGCCCGCAACCCCAUCGGCUACCAGGUUGCCAGCAUGGUGCUGACUGUCACAGUUCCUGCAGUCAGCAGAGAAGGGGACACCUUUGUGAGCACAUCCAUAGAGCAAGCCAUCCGUAAUGUGGACAGUGCUAUUGAGUCAACAAGGAGACGUCUCUUUGAUGGUCAGCCUCGUACUCCAGGAGAGCUGCUGGCUCUUUUCCGGUACCCACGUGACCCCUACACAGUGGAGCAGGCCCGUGCCGGGGAGAUCUUCGAGCAGACUCUUCUGCUCAUCCAGAACCACGUCAACCAGGGCCUCACGGUCGACACCAACGGCACCGCCUUCCGCUACAACGACCUGGUGUCCCCUCACUUUCUGGAUGUGAUCGCCAACCUGUCCGGCUGCAAGCCCCACCGGCGCUUCAACAACUGCUCUGACAUUUGCUUCCACCAGAAGUACCGCAGCCACGACGGGACCUGCAACAACCUGCAGCACCCAAUGUGGGGCGCCUCGCUCACCGCCUUCGAACGACUCCUGAAGUCGGUCUACGACAACGGCUUCAACCUGCCGAGAGGCGCCAAUGAGCAGCUGCAUAACGGAUACAGGCUGCCUCUACCCAGGCUGGUUUCCACCGCCAUGAUCGGAACGGAGACCAUCACGCCUGAUGACCGCUACACUCACAUGCUGAUGCAGUGGGGUCAGUUCCUAGACCACGACUUGGACUCGACAGUGGCGGCCCUCAGCCAGUCGCGCUUCUCUGACGGCCAGCUGUGCACUCAGGUCUGCACCAAUGACCCGCCGUGCUUUCCGAUCCAGUUCCCAGCCAACGACCCACGGCAGCUGCGAAGCGGCGCCCGUUGCAUGUUCUUCGUCCGAUCCAGCCCUGUGUGCGGCAGCGGGAUGACCUCUCUCCUCAUGAACAGCGUGUACCCAAGAGAGCAAAUCAACCAGCUGACCUCUUACAUCGACGCUUCAAACGUCUACGGCAGUUCACGCCAUGAAUCUGAGGAAAUCCGUGAUUUGGCCAGCCAGAGGGGUCUGCUCCGGCAAGGUAUCAUCCAACGAACAGGGAAGCCUCUUCUGCCUUUUGCUACCGGACCACCCACUGAGUGUAUGAGGGAUGAAAACGAGAGCCCAAUCCCGUGUUUCCUAGCUGGAGAUCACCGUGCCAAUGAGCAGCUUGGUCUGACCGCCAUGCACACGGUGUGGUUCAGGGAACACAACCGCAUAGCUACAGAGCUACUGAGACUGAACCCCCACUGGGACGGAGACACCAUCUACCACGAGGCCAGAAAGAUAGUGGGGGCCCAGAUGCAGCACAUCACCUACAAUCACUGGUUGCCAAAGAUCCUGGGUGAGGCAGGCAUGAAGCUGAUGGGGCCGUACACUGGUUACAACCCCAAUAUCAACACCGGCAUCCUCAACGCUUUCGCCACCGCUGCGUUCCGCUUCGGGCACACCCUCAUCAACCCGAUACUGUACAGGUUAGACGAGGACUUCCAGCCCAUCCCCCAGGGACACAUCUCCCUGCACCGGGCCUUCUUCUCCCCGUUCCGCAUCGUGAACGAGGGCGGGAUCGACCCGCUGCUUCGCGGGCUCUUUGGUGUCGCUGGUAAAAUGCGGGUUUCCACACAGCUGCUGAACACAGAGCUGACGGAGAGGCUGUUCUCCAUGGCCCACUCGGUGGCUCUGGACCUGGCUGCCAUGAAUAUACAGAGAGGAAGGGAUCAUGGGAUACCACCGUACAAUGACUACAGGUCCUUCUGUAAUUUGACCUUGGCUCACACCUUUGAUGACCUGAGGAAUGAAAUUAAGAAUCCUAGUGUCAGAGAGAAACUGCAGAGGCUGUAUGGCACUCCUCUGAACAUCGACCUGUUCCCUGCACUGAUGGCUGAAGACCUGGUCCCUGGCAGCAGAGUGGGGCCCACCCUCAUGUGUCUGCUGGCAACUCAGUUCAAACGUCUGCAGGACGGAGACAGGUUCUGGUAUGAGAACCCGGGCGUGUUCUCUCCUGCCCAGCUGACCCAGUUGAAGCAGGCCUCUCUGACCCGGGUGCUGUGUGACAACGGGGACAACAUCACCCGCAUCCAGCAGGACGUCUUCAGGGUGGCCGAGCUGCCCCACGGCUACGGCAGCUGUGACGACGUCCCUCAGAUCGACCUGCGCAUGUGGCAGGACUGCUGUGAAGACUGCAGAACCAAGGGUCAGUUCAACGCCCUGUCAUACCACUUUAGAGGACGCAGAUCAGCUGAGCACAGCUACAAAGAGGAGAGUCCUGCCAGCAGCAUCCAGGAGACCAGCCCAGUGGAGGACACCGUAGAAAGUCUUGUAAAUGUUACUGUGACCUCCAAAAAAAGCACUGAACCAUCAAACAAGGACUUCCAGGACUUUGUGUCCGACAUGCAGAAAACCAUCACAAGUUUACGAAAGCAGAUUAAAAGACUUGAGGCCCGUCUGAGCAAGACUGACUGCACUGAUAAUGAGGCACGUGAACGGACGGAUGGAGAGCGGUGGAAAAAGGACUCCUGCACCAUAUGUGAAUGCAGAGACACCCAGGUGACCUGCUUUGUGGAGUCUUGUCCAUCAGCCGAGUGCAAACGGCCCAUCAAGCUAAAAGGCGCCUGCUGCCCGGUGUGCCUCAAACAGGCAGACGUUGGGAAGCGGCACAAAGCAGACACCCACCACGAAUGACCCUCAGGACCCCCCCGACAAACACACUCUAGUGGCUGAACGUCACCCGCAGACAUCCAGACAGAGGAUGGGACUCAUGAAGGUGUGGCAGCCACCAAUAGCCUCGAUAGACCCAAUAGCCUCAGUUUUUGUUUUGUUUCAUUUUGUAUUCUUUUUCGUUGAUAUGGGGAGGGGGGUGAUUUUAUUUUAUUUCUGGAUUGUUGCCCCCACCAGGGCCAGCAGCCUGAGGCUCGGUUUGAAAUCCUCUGGCGAGCAGCCGGCGAUCACUAAAUGGAUUGAUUUCUGAACCGACGGGUGGAUGGAUAGAUGGAUGAAUGGGUGGAUUGUAAACACGACGGACAAACCUCUUCUCCUCGCUCCGAGGCUUCUGAAGUGUAACAAACAGCCACUGUGUUUGAGCUCCUGCGAGACAAAUCGCAGGGCCACUUGCCGUCGAGAAGCAGGAAAGGGAAGUAGAACGAAAGGCGGCAGCCAUUUUGUUGUCUCACAAAAGUUUCUCAGGUUAGAGAUGCCUCAAACUGGUGCUAUUUCCCCUUUUUAUUAAUCACUAAAUACAAACCUUCAAAGUAUUUUGUAUGCAAAGCAACCUAUAUACACUCAACAUAUGCCUUUUUAUGAUAAAUCACAAUGGAGAGGAUGGUUGUAUUCAAACUAAAAGACUUUUGAUCUAUAGAUUUACUUCAUCUUUUAGCCAAGCUUUUUUUCCUCCCUUUUUUGUAUAAGAAUGCUUACGUAUGAAGAUAAUGUGAAGCCCUAGAAACAUGUCUGUAACACAAAAGAGAUGUCUACUGAUUACUGCUCCUCUCUCCAUGGACAACUUGUUAGUUGACUUCCUUCUUGUCUCUGCUGGCCUGUCCUGAACUUGAGUGAGGUGGAGCCGUGUAGAACUCCCCAUUGCAGGACACUCAAACCAGCUCUUGCACUGUCGUGCUCCUUUCCAAGUUUCAUUUUUGCUUUCAGAAAGCAGUGAAAGAAUAUCCAUCUUUGCCACUGUAAUGUUGUGAACUUUGUCCCAGUAUUUUCCUCAGUUUCCUAAAGCCAAAUGUAUGAUUUAGUUCCUUCUAAAAUGACAUAAAUAACACAUGUGUGUAUGAAUGUUUUAGCCUUUGGUACUGCCAACUCUACCACAGCAGUAUUCUCCUUCUGGCCUGCAUGUACAGCCUUUAGUCCACACACUAUACACUAUUGAAGGACUGUUGCCUGUUCUUCUGUGUUGUGGUGGACCUGCAGCUCUCUAGCACCAGUUUAGACAAGGACACGCUUGCAUGCAUUCCUUUGUCAAGCAUCCACUUUGACUCCAGCUUUUCCCUCUUUAACUUUUUUUCUCAUGUGUGUUCAGUGUUUGGAUAUUUCCCCCAUGAGGACCGUGUUCAGUGUUGAUAUAGGUUAGGAAUGCUCAUCCCGCUCAUGUUUCUUUGCCGUGUCGAAGAUUUUUGAGCCCGGGGCUGACGUCACUCAGCAGAGCAUGUGUGGAGCGCAGGCUCCUCCAGCGCUCUGACCCUCAUUCCGCUGUAAUGGAAGCCAUAUGAGAGGGGAAGCUGUGGGUAAUGCUGGGGGGAGGGGUGCUCAUGAUCGGGAUACAGUGUCAAUCAAAACUCCACAAUCUCGCUGUUGUGAGAUUUAUUCCACUGACCCUCGUCAGCUGGCCUUAACCAUGUACUGUACUCAGACCCCCCACCGUACCCCCUGCACUGGCUUGCCGAGUGUAACAUAAGUCACGUUUUUGUUUUCCUGUUUUGCUCUUCAUUACGGUGAAGUGGCUGCAGUCUUCCUUUCCAUUGUUUUCUUUAUGUGGUAACGUCCUGAGCGAGCAGCUGUCACUAAACAGAAAUAACGCUCUACGGAAUGUUCCAUCCAGGGUUCCACAUGGGUUACUGGGCUGGCAGUCGCACUGCUAAAUUGGUAUCAUAUCAUGUGUUUAGAUAUACUGGACAGGUUUGUACAUCAAACUGUGUUUACAGCCCUAUUUUUCUCUUCCAACAAUACCUACAUGUACACAUCCUAUUCAUGUGCUCCAAUGUGUUAAUGAAUUUAGUAUUUUUGAUAUAUUCUCAUAAACGUGUUUGAAUGAGUGUGUUCGUCUCAUUCUCAUUAGUGCUAAAUGCAUUUUUGGUUCCAAGGUCUGGCUGUCGAAGCACUGUGAGGUCUCUUCGUUACCAGUCUUCUUAUGCAUAUAUCUGUUGUAUUAAUUCAUUUUUAUUAUUUUCUAUUUUCAUCAUAGUUCACUCUCUUUUUUAUUUCCACCGAAAAAAAACUCCCCAAGUGUCAAUGGAAUGCACUGCUCUGCAAGACUGAACAUGCUUCACCUACACUGUCCCUCAACCAGUGGUCAAUGUGGAUAUAAUAGUACCUAUCAUGACAUUUGUAUUGUACGUUUGCCAAAGAAUGGUUUGCACUGUAAUGUAUGCCUCUCGACAGUAAUGAUAAAUAAAUAAAUAAAUAAAUAAGCCACAUUUGAAUUAUA